AUGCAUCGGUCCUCGACAUCUGCCUCCCAGUGUUUUGUAGCACUUUGCCUUCUCAUACCCUCGAUAUAUGGCCGUGUUGUCCAGAGACAGGCGCCCCCAGCCGCUGGAAACGUCACGUUCGUCCCUUGUCCUACGACGGUCGACCCUUUCUCACCGCAGGACACCGCUCUCGGCCUGCAAUGCGCCAAUUUGUCGGUCCCGAUCGUGCACGACCAACCGGGCGGUGAGCAGGUGCAGCUGAGCAUUGUCAAGAUGCCCGCAAAGGGCCAGCGGAUCGGCAACCUGUUCAUCAACCCCGGUGGCCCGGGGUCUCCUGCUUCGACCCAAAUCCUGAGUUUUGCUACAGGCCGGCUUCCGAUGGGAAAAGCGAUGGCGAAUAGCUUCGAUAUUAUCGCCAUGGAUCCUCGCGGUGUGGGCAUGAGCACGCCGUCAAGAUGUGAUACGGCGAUCGGGGAUGAGCCGAGCGAGUUCGAGGUCACCACCGAUGCAGGGCUUCAACAGCAGAUAGAAUACAACCAGAGGUUGGGGGCGAGCUGUAAAACACUGAUGGGCACGUUAUUCGACAACAUGGACACGAUUGCAGUGGCCAAGGACAUGGAACUUGUUCGUGUGGCAAUCGGCGACGAACCCAUGAACUAUUUUGGCCAGUCAUACGGGACGCAGCUCGGGGCUCAGUACGCCCAACUAUUCCCCAGCAAGGUGCGAGCGAUGGCCCUAGACGGCAUCCUUCAGCAUACUGGUGACUAUGCUUCCAACGUCUUGAUUCAAACCAAAGCCCUGGACGCAGCCAUCCAGGAGUUCUUCAACCGCUGCGAAAAGAACACGACAAAUUGCGGGCCUCAAGGGGCCCAGAUGCGCCAGCUGUGGGCCAACAUUGUAGACAAGGCCGCGACGGGCACGCUCCAAGCCCCUGGGUGUGAUGACACGCCGCAGACGGGCUGCUUCCGGAACGUCUCAACACAGGACCUACUCGGCACAGCACGUAGACUUAUCGCGGCACCGCGUGGCCAGCAACGGCUGGCACAGGCCCUGACGCUGUCCGGGACAGGCAACGCGUCCUUUGCCGACUCCUUCUCGCCAGGCCUGCUCAGCGGCAACGUGUUCACCGACUCGUCCGCCCACGCGAUCGGCAUCGUGCAGUGCCAGGACGGGCACUUUGUGGACGCGACCCUCGCGCCUGACCCGCUGGGCCAGAUCCAGGACCUGGCGGCCAUGACGCGCAACUCGACGGUGACGCCCGGGAUGGGCGAGUUCUUCCGGCGCACGAUCGGCUGCACGGGCUGGCCGCUCAAGGUCACGAACCCGCGCAGGGCGCUAGACGUCAGCGGCACGCAGAACCCGGUGCUGCUGGUGCACACGACGUUUGACCCGGCCACGAGCCCCGAGUACGCGCGGGGGAUGCUCAAGGAGAUCCGGGGCAGCGUGCUCCUGGUCCGGGACGGGCUGGGCCACACGAGCUACUUUAAUGCCGGGGAGACGGCGGCGGCGAUGGAUGCGUAUCUUGUGAACCUUACCAUGCCCGCGGUUGGGACGGUCUUGGCCAGUUAA